AUGAGAUUUCCAAGACCAAAAUCCUCAGUCUCCAUGACCGAAUCACUGAUAAAUGUAAAUAUGAUGUCCAAUAAUUCUUCAACACCAGAAGAGGCUGAUCUUCAGUCCUCUAAAACAGAUAAUGUUUGGGAAAAUCUUGUACCACACACUGAAUUGAUCAAUUCCAACACUUCAGAUCUUAAGAAUCAAGCCUCAAGUCCUUUAACCGCAAAAAAUCUCGAAAUUUUGAGUAAUUCAACACACGCAAGUCCCAUAAAACACGGAAGUAUAACAUCAAAAACCACAACUGUUCGUUCUGGCUCAGUUGAAGAGGUCUUUGAGCAAGUAGAAGAUCAAAAUCGGCAGGAGCUUCCAGCGAUUGAUAACAGCACAACAGCAACAACCAUAGCUCACAUAUUAAAUGCCAACAAUCCGGGCCUCUUCCAGUUACUCAACAUUCGAAAUAUAAGUUUAGUCGGAGAUCUUGUAGGAAGACUUAUUCAUUUCGAUCAGCGCGAACCUAUCCUUCAAAGAUAUCAAUAUUUUGAACCACAUCCAGUCGCAGGAACGAACGGCCUCCUCUCGUGGCUUACUUCGCAGGAAAAAAUGGCGGAAGAGAUCAUUAAGUCUGAAAGCCGUGAAUUCUUUCAUUGGGGCUGGAAUCCAGCAAUCUUUUCACGCGCAGUUCGACUAGGCGUACGUGCUCCUUUCAUAGUUCCAUACGAGAUCAGCACGGAGCCGGGUAAUUGGUUUAGGGGAUUCAACAAAGCAAAUAGAGAUACAUUGGCUUGGGACAUCUUAUAUCAAACAAUUUUUCCAAAAAGUGGAAUGAAGCCAAACUGCUAUGAGUUUCGGGCUUUAGUAAAUGAUUUUUACUCUGGAAAAGAGGUUCAACCCGCAGAGUACUACGCUCAUUUGCCGGAGCCGAAUACAACCUCCGCAGAAAAGGCUUCAGCGUCCAAGCUAUUUCAUAUCACAGCAAUCGAUAUGGGUGAAUCCAGGCAAAAUCUUCACCGCAACCUGUAUGGUGAUGCUGAGAGCAUCGAAUCCGCCAAACUCAAACCGAUUGUAGAACUUUUUCUCAUCGAACUUAUCCAAAUGAACGAAAUUGAAAAUGCGCUCAUUCGUGUAGAGAAGGAUAAACGCAUGGAAAAGUCAAGUUUUACUGUCGCCAAAGUCCAGGGUACGGAUGUUCGACGUUCCUCAAGGUAUCAUAAAUGCCUUCAUAAACUCAAUACUUUGGAAAGAACCAAGGAGGAAUCAGGAGAAGCUGCGGCUAGAAGUGUCUUGGAAGAUUUUGUUCAAAAUAUCAACAUCCAUGGAUUGGACUCGAUAAUUGGAUCGGAAACCUGGUCUGUAACUCACAUACGUACCGCUCAGACGUUAGAUGAGCCUGCCGAGGAAGUUACAGUCGUUGAAGCCAUUAAUUCUGGCACACCUAAUAAUGGAGUCGGCUCAUUUUCACCUCGUUCUACUUCGCCGCUGUUGAUUCCAGAUAUGUCAGAGCCAAAGCAAGAGACAGCGCCAAGAAAGAAGAAGAAGACAAAGGGUAAAAAUAAUGCAAAGAAAGUUAUGAAGCAGGAAAGCGAUCCUGAGUCUGCAGUGGCGGAGACUAGAAGUCAAACUUCUGAGAUCAUUAGCAAGGCAACUCCUUCCAUUGCAUCUGAUCCAUUAAAUUACCAUUUCGACGAUGCUACGAAUCCCGUACUAGAGGAUGACUCGAAUUGGGAGAUCGUGAAACCCAAGCCUAGUAAGCCAAAGGGCCCACAAGCUACUCAACAGACUCGUGCAGCAUAUUCUUCCAAAGCUUACAAAGAUACUUCCAUUACUGCCAAAGUCUCACCCAGUUGUAAAGUUGGUCGAAAGAAGAUAGAGGUACCCACAAAAAUACCAAAUCAGACUACAGCCGCUACUUCAAAGCGGGGCGAGAAGUUUGAGGUCCAGAGCUUGGAAGAUUUUCCACAAAUGGUCUCGCCUUUAAAGAAUGACAUACAACAAACCUUUGAAGCGACCAAUAAGAAGUCUACUGUCAUAACGGUACAAGAGGUCUUGCCACAGGUAGACUCGGAAAUUCCAGCCAAAGGAGAGUCUACAAUCCUGCCAAAAGAACCUUUUCUACCAAGUUCAGACCUUGAUACCGGAGCCAUUAUUGAAGCUGACAAUGAUCACGGUGAAUCAAGGGUUUCAAUUCAACCGUCAACAGUCAUAUUGUCACCCGUAUCUUCGAGAGAAGAAGUCAGUCUCCCUAUUGAAGAUUCGGCCGAAGAUGUCUCUAAAUUCGCCAAGGUUGGGGCUUCUCCAGACGUUGAACCCACUCAGACCUUGAUAGAUGAAAUUAAGGAAAGAAUAUCUAUCGACCAUGGUGUCAUGAAGGAUAGAUCUAUUAGUACAAUGGGAACAGAGCCUAAAGUUGAGAAUGUCACUACGAUUUUUCCGGAAAGAUCGUCACCUCUUUGUCAAACACCUCCUGGGCGUACUUUGAGUCGUGAUGCACCAAUUUAUCUGGGGAAUUUUGAUGAUCCCGAUCAGAAAGUCGAAAAGAGAUUCCGAAGUUGUUCAACUAACGCCACGAUGACCGCAGGUCCCUCUGACUCUGACGAUGAUGAGGAAAACUCUGAUCCUAUUAACCUUCUUGAAAGACCUGCGUCCGUUUCUGAGAAUAUGAUCACGAAAUCUAAAGUGAAUAGCUCCCCUAAAGUCUCCAAUUCAGAAGUAUAUCCACGGAUGCUGCCACUAGCACUAUCAACGGUUUCUGCUGUUAAUAAACUCAGACCAGUCCACGAUCUUCGUGCUGUUGACAAUGCUUUUACGAUCGCUACCUCAUCCGUCUCUGAUAAUGCAUCUGUGAACAACAUUGUCAAUAACGCAUCUGAAUCUGCAGAACCAUUCGUCUCAGAGGCUUGUACUGGCAAUGAAGACACCUCGCUAUCUCCGGAGACCGCUCCGAUGCUUAUCCGUGAGCCUGCUAUAACUACUAGCUCUACAUUGACUAUUCAUGAGCCGCGACCUCGGAGCUUCCGCCAAUCUCUGAUGAAUUUGGACUCCCUACACUUGAGUCGUACAGAAGCUGCCACGCUGAGAAGUCAAACACCUGCUCGACAAGCAAGUAUAGCAAGUUGUGAUGCUGUAGGAAAAAACUCAUCUGAAUUUUCCAAUGGUUGGAGUCGGCAACAACUAUUAAGCAGUGCCAUCAUUAAUUCAGGUCCUCGAACACAUACGGAACCAGACACAGCUCGAAUACCCUUCGACUGUACCUAUUGCAAUGGCCACCACUACGCUACAAUAGACAGUCCAAUGGUCCUAUGCUAUGGCUGCGGUCCCAAUAGUGGUAUCAAAUAUUGUUCGAUCGCAUGUCUUCUAGCAGAAAGCCUUGCUCAUGCCAAUGUCUGCCAAGAGAUUGUGGAUGACUUCGAGACAUUUACAAUUAGUCGUCCAUCUGCAUAUCAAAUAUAUUACACUGGUACUCUCGCGGCUCCUCUUACGUUCGGAACUACAUUCAAGAAGUCAAUCUAUGCCUACCGUCAAAAAGUUUUCGCAAUGUACUGUCGUAGCGGACCAUUUCCACAAGUUCAUAAAGCAUGGGCUCGACAAAACAACACUCUACCCACUCUUCCGGAACGAGAUGCAAUUGAGUCUACCAAGAAGACCGGUAGUUAUUUUGUAUUCAAAUCUGCUUUGACAAGUAACAACAAUCGUAUGAACCUGGACAGCACAGUCAUCUGUACGAUCAAGUUUCGUCCUAACGAUCCUAUGGUGCAAGCGGUCGAUCGAUGCCUUGAAUCUUGCUUCAGAUUGAAUCACGACCAUGACUACGCUGUCAAAGAAUUCUUGUAUAGACUCAUCAAGGAUCUGCUUUCUGACGAUGAAUCCUUUGAUUGCUUUCCACACACAGAAGAUCGAUCAACUGUAUUUCAUGAAUUCCAACAUCAAUAUGAUCUAGAAUUCGGUUUUAACGCUGAUAUGCAGAGCGCACGAUCUGAAAAAUUCGACUUCGAGUCGGAGUGGUCUCUCAUUGAACACCUUUUGAGUCUAUCAGAGUCGGAGGAAUUGGUCUAG